AUGGGCAGAUGUUGCCGCCAUAUUGGAACAUGGAGACAGAUAUUUCAUUGGGGACCAAUUUUAGCUUUAUCAGUGAUAUUUAUGAUUUCUAUUGUGGCUGUAGAAUGUGACUUGAUGUAUUGGCCACCUUAUACUAUAGGAGGUGUCCUCAAUCUAGCUGUAUUUCUGACCUGGGUUUCAUUGACAUUAUAUAAUUAUUUUCGAGCAGCCUUAUUGGGACCAGGAUUUGUGCCUUAUGGAUACAUACCUGAAAAUGAGGCAGAUAGAAGUAAAUUACAAUAUUGUCAGUUUUGUGAAGGAUAUAAAACACCUAGAUCUCAUCAUUGUAGAAAGUGUGAUAGAUGUGUUAUGAAGAUGGACCACCAUUGUCCAUGGAUCAAUACUUGCUGUGGUCAUUUAAACCAUGGUAGUUUUAUAUGGUUUUUAUUUUUUGCCCCAUGUGGUUGUAUACAUGCACUUUCCAUUCUCAUUCCUUCCAUUUAUAAAGCUUUAAACUUUCACUGGUAUUACCAUUAUAGACGUAAUGAACCAUUAGUAGAGUUAGGUGUUUAUGGGUUUAUUGUAUCAAUGUUUGCUAUAGGACUAGCUAUAGGGGUUAUAGUUGCUGUAGGCAUGUUAUUUUAUAUCCAGUUUAAAAGUGUGUGGAAGAAUGAAACUGGAAUAGAAUCUUGGAUUAUAGAAAAGGCAAGUAGAUCUCACAAAAUAUUAUUUGAAAAGUUUAUUUAUCCCUAUAAUCUAGGAUGGAAAGAUAACCUACGUCAAGUAUUUACCUUUAAAGGUCGUCCUAAAUCUGAUGGUUACACAUGGGAAGUUGUAGAUGGCUGUGACCAAUUUACUUUUACAGUAGAACAAAUAAAACAGAAAGCUGAGAAGAGAGAAAGAACUAUAAUGUACAGUAUAACUAAGAAAUUUAGUGGUGCUAUGAUACCAUUAUGUCAUGGCUGUAAAGUUAUGUGUUGUUUUCCCUGUACUGAUGAACCUAGAAUAGCUCUAGAUAUAGGUGAUAAAGUACUGGUUACUAGGUGGAAAAAACACUGGUUAUAUGGGACUAAAAUCAUUAAAGAUCAAGAAAAUAACAAAAGAAUAAGAGGAUGGUUUCCGAGACAUUGUGCUGCAGAAAUUAUUGGUGAUACAUAUAUCAAUGGCUCCAGUAUUACUAAUGGUAAAAAAGUGGAUUAA